GUUUGUCUAGGAAAUGGCAUUCAGCUUCUUUCCAGAAUGUAUCAAAGAUAAAGUAAACUUACACACUUUUCUGUUUUGCUGUCUUAUUCUUAAUCCUGUCGCUUGCUUUUCCGCCAUGCCUGUUUCAACAAGUUGGACGAGUUAGACAAUAACUCACUCAUUAACCUCAUCAGAAUAUCCAACUUCGAUAGGCUGCUGGAUGGAGGAUUGUUGUCUGUUGGAGUCACUUCUGGCGCAAGCAGGCUGCACUGUUUGACUCCGAAAGAGAUUACAUAUGUCAAAGAAAAUGAGACAUGCACGUCCGCGUUUAGGUCGCACGACAAUCAAGUCUUGCCGCUUCCAGAUGAUUUAUAACUGUUGCAUCAACUACUCCAGAUCUUAACUUGAAGGGCAGUUGGAGCUGACACAUAAUGGAGGUUAAUUGCGAGACCUGCGAUCGAUCUUUCGGUAGCAAGGAGGCCCUAGAGCAGCAUCUACGCUACUCCUCGGCUCAUCAACAGGCCCCAGAAACUCCUUUAGAUGCGUUCUUCCGGUCUUUCCCAACCUUUAGUUAUGACCCUUCCCUACCACCAGCCACAUCCUACGCCAAUUUGCGAAAACACAAAGGUUGGCGGCCCGGCGAUGCCUCGAACGAUGCUUGGAGGAGAUACCAAGAUGCAUUAGAAGGCGAAUUGCGGAUGUGGUAUGGAGCAGAGGACGACUUGACUGCGUGGCAUGCUCUUUGUCGUGCCAUUGGCAUCGAACCGCUUCCACGAACAUGUGGGCAAUGUGAAAGGGCUGUACGAAGGACACAUGUCAAUAUUGUUGAUUUGAUUGAGUGGGGACGGAAACGUGGAGACAAAGAGAAAAGAGUGCAGACAUUUCAGACGGUGGCAGAGCUGCGAGAGUAUUGCAGCAGAACGGGCAAGAUAUUCAGCAACACAACCGAUCGGAAAGACAGCAACGUUGUUCUGAGACAUCUACUUCGGAAGCUCUUAGGAGAGAGUUCCUAGAAUAACAGAGAG